AGACAGCUCCAUUUAUAGCUAUACAACCAUUUAAAAUAUGAGUCUUCCCAUCUUCUCUGAGCCUGAAGACUAUGAUAGAAAGAUAAACAAGAUAAAGAAGUUUUGAAAUAGAAGGAGGAAGAGAUGGUUGCUGCCCUUGCACUCAUCUUCAUAACCCAGUGGAUCUUUCUGAUCACCCAGUUGUGUGUUGGCUGGAACUGCACAGACUGCAUGAAUGGGUCAGCCAUUGAAAACUUCUCCUGUGUGAUUUAUAACAUUUCCCUCAUGAAGUGCACUUGGCAGGCAGGCAGGGAUGCUCCAGGAGAUACCCAAUAUUUUCUCUACUGGCAGAACUCGAGAGACAAUGAUGUGAUGGAAUGUGAGCUUUACAUUAAAGAUGAAAAUGGCAGAAACACAGGAUGUAGAUUCCAAAAUGUGAUGAUAAAGACUGAAGGAGCUUACUUCCUGGUGAAUGGGUCUAGCAAAGACUCCUUGAUCCAGUUCUUUGAUGAGUACAUUGAACUGUAUAAAAUUGAAAGGCUCAUGCCUCCAUCAAAUAUCACAGUCAACUGUGAUGAAAUGAAAAAUGAUUGCAUAAUUCAAUGGCAACGACCCCAAAUAAGUCAUUCUAACAAAGACAAGUGUUUUAAAUAUGAAAUCAACAUAAAGUAUAAGGGUAAUCCUGAGGGAAAAACCAAAUAUACUUCUAUACAAGAAGGGGGAAAUAGUCACACAUUUCAAAGAUCCAAUACAAGAAGGAAGUACCUCUUGAAAAUGAGAUCAGCUGGCAGUGCCUGCCUCGUGAGCUCAUCUUGGGGGGAGUGGAGCGCAACCGUUGAGUUUGGAAAGGAAGAUAUUAUUUCUUCUUCAGUAUGGAUUUUACUUGUGAUAGCAGUUGCAACAGUCCUAGUGGCAAUCAGCACAAUUUUCUUCUGCCAAAGGGCUGGCUGUUGGAAAGCUGCAUUUUCACAAAUCCCAGAGCCAAAAAGCUCAUUUUGUGGACUGUCUGAUACCAAUCCAGAGCUGAUGGAGAGCAAAAUUCAGCCAAUAUCAUCUGAAAAUGAAGAGAUAAUAUUAGUUACUGAUAUAGAGAAAUAACCAAGAAAAAAUUAGGAAUUUGAAAGUGCAUUUCUUAGCCCAAGCAACAGUGUAUUGCUGUGGAAAGUUUGGAAUAAUAUACAGCCUUUCUUCACUUUUGUCCUUUUCUUGGAAAAAACAGUAAUUCAGCCAAAAGAGAAUGAUACUUCACAUAUAUAUAUUUUUUUUAAUGCCAUUGUAUUUGCUUUUAAUUUUGUAUUAUGGUUUGAGCCCAAAGGGCAACUGAGUGUCAUGAAGCCAUUCAUCCACUCUUUCCUCUCUGCGCUGGGAAGGAGAAAAAACAAUCAAAAGACUCAGGAAUUAAGUUAAGGACAAGGAGGGGUCUCUCACCCAUUUAACUGUCACUGGCAAAAGAUAGACUUCUUAGGGGAAGAAAAAAACAAGAACAUUACUUUAAUUCACACACUAGCAAAACCAACUCUUAAGAGACAGAAUGGGACAGUGAGAGUUGCCAUAUCUUAAAAUACCUCCCUCCAUCCCUCCUUUCUUCCCCAGCUUUUGUUCUCAAUAUUUAUAACUCUCUCCCCCAGUGGUACAAGGGCAGGGGAUGGGGAGUGCAGUCAGUCCACCACUUCUUCCUCAAAGAUGAGGGGAAAGCAUUCCUCUGCAUUCUCCCCUUGUUCCACGUGCCAUUCCGCUCACAGGAGACAGUCCUCCACGACCUCUCUCCUCCAUGAGUCCUCCCUAUGGGAUGCAUUCUUCUCGAGAUUCUCUGGCAAGGGUCACC